AUGGGGUUGUCGGAGAAAAAGGAUAACCCUCAGGUCAAUCACCACAUGGCCAUUGUCUUAGGAAUCGGACUAGGAGUCGCGACCUUAAUCAUCAUGUGUUUGCUUCUGACCCUUUUCGUCAAUCGGCGUGAGCGCCAUCCCGUUCUCAAGAGCAAAGGCAGCUCGAGCGACAAAUUACGCAAGCUGGAUGCUGUCUCCCCAACUCGGACAUUAGAAGAUUGGUGGUCGCGAGCUAAAGGCCCUCUUUUACCGUCCGAAGGUGUUGAUGGCGACUUCAUAUGCGUUGUUUGCCUCGAGUCGGUUCUGCGCUGCCAGGAAAUCCGAGAACUCAAAUGUCUGCACGUGUUCCAUCGAGAAUGUCUCGAAAAGUGGUAUCUGCAAGACCACUUCAAUUGCCCACUCUGUCAUAGAGCGUAUUACGUUCAAGAGACCCAUCCGAGUAAUGAGUUUGUGUGGAUGGUGUGAAUGCGACCGACCUCUUCUUUCCAGGCUUAUGCGGCGUUUGGUGUCUUGUCUGGGCAUUCACCCCACGCCGGUCUUACUCCACUCGAAUGUUGUCGCUCACGAUGGGCAUCAAUAUCUUCUUUUUUCGGCUUUAUAGGAAACAUAGGCCAGUCCAUGUGCGGGUCCCCAUUGGUUGGUCCUGGACGAUAGUUGGGAUCCUCUUUCAUGAGUUAAUGACCUUUGAUGAU